AGCAACUCACUUUGACAAAACUUCAGCACAGCAGCGCACAACGGUGUGGCGCACAGAAGCGCAGCGUACAGUGCACUCGCAGCCAUCCAUCCGUACAGUUGGAUGUCACCGCCAACGGCAACGGCAACGGCAAUCAUUAGCAAGACGUAAACUCCAAAAACAAAGACAAAAAACCUAAGAAUAAUAACAAAAACAGAAAAAAACAGAAGCAGAAACAGAAGUUGCGGUAGAAAAAGAAGCAGCAACAACAGAAGUCAUCAGUGAGACGACGUGUGAUCUUGAUCUUGAUCUUCUUUGAAACAUUGAAUUCAGCACAGUAAAUAACAACACAAAAAGAGCAGCAACAACACAAGUUACAGUUGCAGCCGACAUCGCUGUUGCUGUCGCUAUUACUGUUGCCAUUGUUAUUGAUAUAGUGCCUCCGCUGUUGCAACUACAGUUUUUCUUGUGAACAUCACUCAGCCUCAUUACGGAUAUAUUUUCUCUCAACAAUUACUUAUGACUUGCUUAUACAUAUAUACAUGUGUGAGUGUCUACAAACUAAAUUUGUAACGCACAAUAAUCGUAGCAUUUGAAAUUCGUGCUUACUUUUGAUAUAAAAGUUAUUGUCAGUGGAUUUGAGCGUUAUUGCGCCAGUGAAAAGUUCUUAUCUGCAGCGUUUAUGUAAAUGUUACGACGCUAGCUCAAUUGCGGCAAAGUGAAAUGCACAAAUAAACAAUAUAAACAAACGUAAGCUUCGUAAAGCCUAAUUAAAUAAUAAAACUGCUGUGAAGCUAGCCAAUAAUAGAGAAAUAAAAAUUAAAUAAAAAUACAAAAAAUAAAUUUACUGACUUGCAAAUACAUACAUACGUAUGUAUGUAUGUUUUAAAGUUGAGUCAUAAAAAAUAGAUUAAGAAAGCGAACCAACUUUUUAGUACUAAAACGACUUACACACACAAACAUACGUACAUACAUACAUAUAUACAUAAUAACACAAUGACGGCGCAUGAGCAACCGAUUAGCUACUUGGACAGCAUCCUGAACGAGGAGGAGUCACGCUGUGAAUACAGUCAUCAGUGGCGCAAUUUCACAAUCUCACGUUCGGGCCGUUUCAAGUCGAAGAAUCGCAAGCGCGACGUUGUCGAUGGCAAACUCUUCGAUGCGGGUAAUGCGCCCAAUGCGAUGGCGGCGUCGUCCAAGAUGCCGUCUGCAGCCGCUGCGGGUCAUAGUCGUGUCAUGGCGUCUGCCACCAUGAAUCCACACUACAAGCAGGAGCCGGAUAAGAAUGCGUAUCGUCAACCUUCUGCAAUGUCAAGUAAGCUAUUUUCAUCGCAAUCCAUGGCAUCAACCUCCGCCAGCUCAAGUUCAAGAAAUGCGACGAUGCGUGACAAAGCUGAGAGCUAUAAAAGUUACUACGAAACGAAUUUAUAGAUGCCACCUGCAUAUAUUACGCAUAUUAAGUAUUUUUUAUGUAUAAUAAAUUUUUUAAUUAAACUUAAUUGCGAAAGGUAAAUGAAAACGCUGUUUUUGUAUACAUAUUUAGCUUUUAACAUUUUAUUUUAUUUUUAUGUGGAAAAUUUAAAUUCACAAAAUUAACUUUUGUUUAGGUAAAGCGCUUAGUUAGUGCUUAAGUAAUGCUAUAUAUUUCAAUACAAUAUAAAAAUAACAUAAUAUAAAAAUGAACUAACGCUUUCUUGAAGCAUUCGGUUGUUUUCAUUUUGCAAAUGAUUCCUUUUUCUACUAGUUUUAACUAUGUGCCAACGUUUCUAAUAGAAAGCUGUCGUUGUAAGAGUUAAUAUAUAGUUUUAACAGCUCAAUCGACAACUAAGUAUACGCAAAAGUUGAAAUUCAAUUUUGUUAUUCAAUUCAAGAGCUAAUUCAUUUAAAGAUAGAGCUUAAUGCUUGCCCAAUCAUAGAAUUUUUGGAAUAGAAUUAUAUUGAAUGCAGAUUUAAAUUUACUUAGAAAUAAAUACGUAUUUACCAAUAAAAAUUAAUCCAUAUAUUUUUAUUUUUUGAAUAUAUACACAUACAAAAGUGUAUGCAUAUAAAUUAUGUAUCGUAAAGUAUUAAAACGUGAUAGUUACAAACUUUUUAGAUAGUAAGUAAUUUGUGUUUAGAAAAAUAUUAAAUUGAUGUAAACAUAGCAAUGUAAACAAAAUUUAUUAUAAAAAAAUAUAAAAUUUAACUGUAAACUAUUAUGGACCAAAUAAAGAUAAAAAAAGCUUGCAAAAAAUUA